AGCAGUAUCCAGUAAAGGUAUGUUCUUGCCACAAAUUGCAGCUCAUGAGUAGGAGUAGGUCCUGUGACUAGAACAAACUACAACGCACAUCACAGUCUUCAUACAACCUUCAUCUUUGCGUCUCAGCCAUCGUAAAUGGACAGCAUGCAGGAUCUGAUCCCCUUCGCCAAAGAGGUGCUGAGCCAGAAACCCAGUCGUGGUUUGCUGAAGGUCUAUCUGGUGGGUUCUGUGUUUGCAGUAUUAGGGACGCUCAUCAGUCUGGUCGAGGCCAUGUGUCACCCUUUCUCCUGCGGUGAACCCAUGGACUCAGAGAUGGUCUUCAUGUUGGCCAAAGAGCAGAGAACUGUUGAGGUUAAGAAACGGAGUGAUGCGGUGGAUGAGGAGGAAAAGCUGACUCAUGAAAAAGAUGCCGUGACCCAGAGCACCAUCAUCUACAAGACCCAUAAACUCAACCAGCGGAGCAUCGCCAACCGGCUACAUGCUUCCUAAAGCCAAAGGGGUCAGCCCCUACUGACUGAAGAUAUUUACCAAGGAACGGCUCCUGCCACACAGACCUGUGCAACACGUAGAUAAUCUGAGGCUUUAGAGACAAAAGUGUCUGAGCUACCUGCCAUUCUGUGCUGCUAGUUAAUGGUGCUUACAAGCGCUGUCAAAAAUGCAUAAAAGACCCCAAAAGGUUCCAGUUGCAGCCUAUAUGGGGAGUUGAGACUUUUUGACAGGCAGAGGCCUGGUUAUAAUAUACAUAGAAGAGGAGUGCAUAUUCCCUCAGUGAGACAGGUGUUGGGAUCCUCCUAAUGGGUUCCUGGGUCAUCAGCAAAUGUAAAGAUUGUUCAAUGUCACAAUCGGUUUACUUUAAAAUGUUAUUUUUCUCUUAUUCAUCCCUGGGGUGAGGGUUUUUUCAUUGAAUGGACUGAAUUAAUCUAAUCAGGUAAAUGUAAGCUACAUAAACCCCCUUUAUUUAUUCUGUUGCUGGAACACAACUGCUGGUUUCUACAAAAAGAAAAAGAAAAGAAAAGUGAAAUAAACCCUUUAAUCACUCAUAUUUUACAAUCCAUUGCUAGGAGACUGAGGUUAAAAGUAUGCUGAAGGUUGGAAAUGUGCCAGGCUGUAAACUGCUGCAUAGCGCCACCUGGCUUCUAGUGGAUGCAUCCGAUCUGGCAAUCCAACCACUCACUGUAUUCAAGAAGAGCAGCCUGAUGCUAUGUGUAAAUGCUGUAAAUAUACAAUAUUUUUCAUACCAAUAAAGUUGAUUUAAUUUA